AGUGAAGAGGUUCGGAAAAGAGGGAGGCUUUAGCAUGGAACUCCCGAGGCUUGGAGAUGUGGUCCCCCAAAAGUUUAGUCGGCGAAUGGGAGACUGAAGGGUGAGGAAAGGGGCAGGCGCGCCUAGAGUGCUCGGAUGGGGCGCGCGGCGGCAGGAUUGUAAAGCGUUCUUCCUCGGACUGCCUGCCCGGGUGACCUCCCGGACCUACCCCUGGCGGAAUCCGGACUUGCCCCGCCGAGAUGACGAGGAAUAAUUCUGCUACAGGGCUGACUUCAAGGACGUGAAUUGGUGACUUCAUCCCAACAUCAGAACCUCAGCUGUUCCUCUGAUUUUUGCAUCAUUCCAGGCAAGUUGACUUUAUGUGGAAAUAAAAUAGAACCUUGGGGUCUGAAUGGAAAUUCACUGUGACAUUCAAAUCAAGAACACUUGCUGAAACCCACAGAGCCUUUUCCUCAUGGGCCCUGAUGGUAGCCUCCAGAAGGUGCAGCCUCAGGUGGUCCCCCUUCUUCUGUGGCAAGAAUAAUCUUUGGGUAUUGGAUUGCAACACCGCCCGUGGAGAAAAUGGUAUGCGAGGGAAAGCGAUCAGCCUCUUGCCCUUGUUUCUUUCUCCUGACGGCCAAGUUCUACUGGAUCCUCACGAUGAUGCAAAGAACUCACAGCCAAGAAUAUGCCCAUUCUAUCCGAGUGGAUGGGGACAUCAUUUUGGGAGGUCUCUUUCCUGUCCAUGCAAAGGGAGAGAGAGGGGUGCCUUGUGGGGAGCUGAAGAAAGAGAAGGGGAUCCACAGAUUGGAGGCCAUGCUUUAUGCAAUUGACCAGAUUAAUAAGGACCCUGAUCUCCUCUCCAAUAUCACUCUGGGUGUCCGGAUCCUCGACACCUGCUCCAGGGACACCUAUGCUUUGGAGCAGUCCCUAACAUUUGUGCAGGCUUUGAUAGAGAAGGAUGCUUCUGAUGUGAAAUGUGCUAAUGGAGAUCCGCCCAUUUUCACCAAGCCUGACAAGAUUUCUGGCGUUAUCGGUGCUGCCGCGAGCUCCGUGUCCAUCAUGGUGGCUAACAUUUUAAGACUUUUUAAGAUACCUCAAAUUAGCUAUGCAUCCACCGCCCCAGAGCUAAGUGAUAAUACCAGGUAUGACUUCUUCUCCCGGGUGGUCCCUCCAGACUCCUACCAAGCGCAGGCCAUGGUGGACAUCGUGACGGCCCUGGGGUGGAAUUAUGUGUCGACGCUGGCUUCUGAGGGUAACUACGGAGAGAGUGGUGUGGAGGCCUUCACUCAGAUCUCCAGGGAGAUUGGUGGUGUUUGCAUUGCUCAAUCACAGAAAAUUCCGCGUGAACCAAGACCUGGAGAAUUUGAAAAAAUCAUCAAGCGCCUGCUAGAAACACCUAAUGCUCGGGCAGUGAUUAUGUUUGCUAAUGAAGAUGACAUCAGGAGGAUAUUGGAAGCAGCAAAAAAAUUAAACCAAAGUGGGCAUUUUCUCUGGAUUGGCUCCGAUAGUUGGGGAUCCAAAAUAGCACCCGUUUAUCAGCAGGAGGAGAUUGCAGAAGGGGCUGUGACAAUUUUACCCAAAAGAGCAUCAAUUGAUGGGUUUGAUCGAUACUUUAGAAGCCGAACUCUUGCCAAUAAUCGAAGAAAUGUAUGGUUUGCAGAAUUCUGGGAGGAGAAUUUUGGAUGCAAGUUAGGAUCACAUGGAAAAAGAAACAGUCAUAUAAAGAAAUGUACAG